AUGCUCUUCUCUACUUCCACCGUCGCUGUUGCCGCUCUCUCCGUCCUCAGCUUGGCUGCUGCUCAGCCCGCUGCUCGUGACGCUCCCGAAGCGUACGUCACCAUCGAGAAAAACCUCGGUAAUGCCUUUGGUGACGUCUGCCAGAAGACCGUCAGAGUCCCUAUUGGAUCCGUCUACACGAACGUGGAGGACCUCGCCACGGUUUCCACCCUUCGCCUGAAGGGAGCUGGCGGUGUCGACGUCCAGACUGUUACCUGCACACCUUACAAGAACAACGAUGGUACUGGCACCGGAGGCCUGCCAUUCACCAAGGAGACACCUUCUUACCUCUCCACCAACACCGUUGUUGUUGGCAGCAUUGUUUGCAAGACUGAGUAA